CACCUGGUACACUUAGCAACGAAAAACCAACAUGGCGGCGGCUGGAGGGGUCCUUGUGGCCGAACAGCGCCCGACAAUUCCCGAACCCGUUCUCCUCACACAAGUCGAAGUUGAGGAAGAACCAGUUCCUGCACCCGCAGAAGAGAAAGAAGAACCUACAGUCGAAGUACCGGAGUCGGCACCCGCCCCGGAGCCGCCGAAAACAACCGAAGAAGAGCGAACGGCCGCCGAAGUGAUCAGCCGAGAAGUCACGAAAACGCUCGACUUCGGUCUGAGCCAGCAGCGUUCCGUGGCCUCGCAAGCGGUGAUUUCGAGGCCGAUUCUGUCCAGAAGGGCGAAAAGAGUACAAGAAGUUGUCGGGUAUAAACCACCCGUGGAGGACCCGCUAGAGACCGCUAUUCUCUACGUUCAAGAGAAAGGCAUCCUGUACAUAUUCCAGACACUACUGGAGCGACUCGUCUUCCAGAAGCCACCCAACCCGCUGCAGUUCUUGCGGAAAGAGAUAGUGGCGCUGCAGGAAGAGCUUCAGGAGUACGAGAAGCAGAGGCUGAAAAGAGUUGCUGCUAUGAAGAAAUGAUAUGGACUCGAAUGGAACAAAACACGCCAUCAUCCGUUUUUAGAUAUACAUGAGAUACACUGUUUCUUAUAGUUUAACUAGAAACUUUUUCGCGUAUUUUUCUGAAUAAGUACAUGCUGCUAUAGUGUAUGGAAAAAUGAUAAAAAUGUGAAUUUGAAAUUGAACGUUUUAGCUUACAUGUACUUGAAAAUAAAACCUAUAUGUAUACAGAUUGAAAACAAUAUCGACUUGGUAUAGAUGUGUAUAGUGUGUAUGUAAAUGAUGGGAUAUUGAAUGCCCGUUGCUGCUUUCCUUGGGCAUGUAUGUAUGAUAUUUAUACUAGGAACCUGAUACUGAAGUGACAAUAAAAAAACAACAAAAAAGCUUAA